GUGGGAGUCGUGUGUGCCGGGCCGUGCCGGGCCGUGCCCGGCUGCGUCUCUCCGGGCCGCGUCGCACGAUGGGCUCCCGCGCGGGCUGAGCCCCGCCGUGACGGCUUGUUCCAUGCCCUUUGUGCAGGGCAGAAUUGUAGUGACUGGUUGAUACCCUUGUCAGAAACCAAGAAAAAUGAGUGGUGGGUUGGCACCAAGCAAAAGCACAGUGUAUGUGUCCAAUUUACCCUUUGCUUUGACCAACAAUGAUCUAUACAGGAUAUUUUCAAAGUAUGGGAAAGUUGUCAAAGUUACCAUUAUGAAAGACAAAGACACCAGAAAGAGCAAAGGAGUCGCCUUUAUUUUGUUUUUGGAUAAAGAAUCUGCACAAAACUGUUCUCGGGCACUUAAUAACAAACAGUUGUUUGGAAGAGUAAUAAAAGCGAGUAUUGCCAUUGAUAAUGGAAGAGCAGCAGAAUUCAUUCGCAGGCGUAACUACUUUGAUAAGUCUAAGUGUUACGAAUGUGGGGAAGCAGGACACUUAAGUUAUGCUUGUCCUAAAAAUAUGCUAGGGGAGCGGGAACCACCAAAAAAAAAAGAAAAGAAGAAGAGAAAGAAAAUAGUGGAGCCAGAAGAAAUUGAGGAGGAAGAAGAAAGUGAAGAGGAAGGAGAGGACCCUGCUCUAGAUAGCCUCAGCCAAGCCAUAGCUUUUCAGCAAGCCAAAAUUGAGGAAGAACAACAAAGAUGGACACAAACGGCAGGGGAAUCUUCAAUUUCAGAUGAUUCAAAACGUCCACGGAUUAAGAAAAGUGCUUAUUUCAGUGAUGAGGAAGAACUUAGUGACUGAAAUAGUACUGUUCUAAAUGCAUAUAUAAGAGAUAUAUAUACAUAUAGUGUACAUUUUGUAAAGUGCUAAAAGUGAUAUGUAAUACAGGUUUGUUUUGAUGUUGAAAAUCAUGGGGUUUUUUUAUUCUGUCCCCUGACUCUUCCAUCUUUUUAUAUGUGUGUCUCAAAUUCUUACCUUUCAAGGCAACUUUUUAAGAAAGUGAUGUGAUUAUACACUUAAAUCCUGAGAAGUAUCUGUGGGAAUGCAUCUUGCAGUUAGUAUCUAGACCCAAGUCCUAGCCAUUAAGUGUUUAAUGAGAAAAUUUUCCAAUGCUUUUUUCCUAAGAGGAGUUCCUCUUAGGAUGACUGUUAACACCACUGAUGCUUUAUGUAUUGGUCUGUUUGGAAGCAGUGCUUUAGUAGGACUUAAGUAGAACAUUAAAUUUGCAUUAGUUCCUCUGCAUAGGGUUGAAUUUCAGCUUCAAACAUUGUCGUUUUACUCUUCACGCAGUACUAUAAUAAAUUAUUGUCA